AUGAACUCGCGAGGCGCCGUCCCAGGGCCGGCCGGGCCGUGCCACCUUUACGUUAACUCGCCGCCCGCCUACGCUGCGUCUUUGCGGUCCGGCAGCACCGGCAGCGAAGAGCAGCCCUACGGCUACACCCCUGUCUCAGGCUGGCCGGCGGCAGGCUACCCGAACCCGAGCAUGAGCCCGGACGCCAACUUGGACCUGGAGCCUGGCCGACUGACGCCCCGUUCGUCGGCGCCCUAUCAGCCCGGCCGUCUGCUGUCACCGGGCCAGCCGGAGCUUCGCUCCAGUCUCUCGAGGAUAGGACAAAUUAACCAAUUGGGCUCUGUCGUCAAGGUCACCGAUCCAACCGCCGCCUCCGUCUACCAGCCCGGCAUGACGGUGGAUCCCUCGAGUCAUUACUUCGGUAUGGACCCCAGACUGGCCAGCUUCGUUAGCAAGCACAACGUAGUCAUGGACGACGGAGCGGUUAUUUACACGCCGGAUGGGCAACCGGGAAAGAAGUUGCACGUUCAGAAGUAA